UGGCCCUGGCAGACUUCAGUCCUAAUGGAGCCCUCUCUCUGCAGGUCCACCUCUCUUGAGCGGUUACGCUUCAACAACACCGCGCUGAAAAAGCUGCCGGUGGAUGACUCGGAGGAUCUCGGGUCCCAGACGGUCCAUGCGGCUUGUUUCUCUCGAAUUCGCACUUUCCAACCCCUUUUACGCCCGACCUUCGUGGCCCAGUCCCCGGCGGCGCUGGCUCUUAUCGGCUUGCGUAUUCAGGAUGUGUUGAGUAAUCCUCUCGGCCCGGAGUAUCUGAGCGGCUCCAGGCUGCUGCCGGGUUCUGAGCCGGCUGCUCACUGUUACAGUGGGCACCAGUUCGGCCUGUUUGCGGGACAACUGGGAGAUGGAGCAGUGAUGUACCUGGGGGAGGUGGAGACGGAGACGCACGGCCGAUGGGAGAUACAGGUGAAAGGUGCAGGAGUCACGCCUUACUCAAGAGAUGGUGACGGCAGGAAGGUGCUUCGCUCCAGCAUCAGAGAAUUCCUGUGCAGUGAGGCCAUGGCUGCCCUGGGGAUACCCAGCACCCGUGCAGCCUCCCUGGUGACCUCGGACCUUUACGUCACCAGAGAUCCACUCAACAAUGGCAGGCGCAUUUCUGAGCGCUGCUCCGUUGUGCUGCGUCUUGCCCCAUCAUUCAUCAGAUUUGGAUCUUUUGAGAUCUUUCUUGGUCGAGAUGAUUUUUCAGGUUUGCAGGGUCCCAGUGCAGGGCGGCAUGACAUCCGCGCUCAGUUGCUGGAUUAUGUCAUUGAGAAUUUUUAUCCCUGCAUCCAGCUGACACAUAGUAACCGUAAAGACAGGAAUAUGGCUUUUUUCAGGGAGGUGAUGAAUCGAACAGCUAAUUUGGUUGCCCAGUGGCAGUGUGUUGGUUUCUGCCAUGGCGUCCUCAACACAGACAACAUGAGUAUCUUGGGUCUUACUCUGGAUUAUGGCCCGUUUGGUUUCAUGGACAGGUACGACCCAGAUUUUGUUUGCAAUGCUUCAGACAAAAGAGGUCGCUACUCAUACCAGGCCCAGUCGUCCGCGUGCCACUGGAACCUGGCUCGCCUGGCAGAGGCGUUGGGCUCUGAGCUGAAAGUAGCUGAAGCAGGGGCUAUCCUGGAUGAAUUCAUGCCCACAUACCAACGCUUCUACCUUGGAACCAUGAGGAAAAAGCUGGGCCUUGUGAGAAAAGAAGAGGAAGAGGACAGCCAGCUCAUAUUAGACCUGCUGCGCCUCAUGCACAACACUGGUGCAGAUUUCACAAACACCUUCCGCCUGCUGAGCUACAUCCCCUGGCCUGAAGGGGGCGACAGUGAGAAGGUUGUGGUUGGGCCAGUGGUGGACCUCAUCCUAAAACAGUGUGCUUCUAUUGAGGAGCUAAAGGUGGCUAACAAGCCAACUAUGGAGGACGGUGAGCUGGCAAUGAUUCUGUCCAUGGCCCAAACAAACCCUGUCAUGUUUGGGAUCGUAGCAGAUAGUCCAGGUGUGUCCGAGCAACUUGUGAGGAUGGGACGGCUAAAGGAGCUGAUCAGCACAGAUCAGGACGAGCUGAAGGAAAAGCAGAGAGACGACUGGAUUCGCUGGAUUAGCUGGUACAGGAGGCGUUUAUCCAGGGAGUGUGAAGGCGCAGGUGACUUAUCUCUCAUCAAAGAGGAGAGGCUCACUGUGAUGAACAGCACCAACCCCCGAGUCGUCCUGCGGAACUACAUUGCCCAAAAUGCAAUUCAGGCUGCUGAAAGGGGAGACUUCUCUGAGGUGAAAAGGGUCCUUAAAGUUUUGGGCAAUCCAUAUUCUGAAUCUGAUGCAUCUGGACUGAGUACUCUCGUUGGACCUUGUGCUUUUAAACAGACUGUUGCAUACGACAAAAAACCUCCUGCAGGGGCACAAACAAUUUGUAUCACCUGAUCCACAUAGAGCCUUCCCAGGCAGGUGAAGGGGGGAGGUCUGUUACCUCUGAUGAACCGUCCUGGCCUCAGUUUCAAGAGGCGUUCUCUCCUGCAUCCUGAUGGGAGGUUGUUAUGUAACCCAGUGUGUUCCAGUGUUCAUCAGUAUGGCCAUGAAUCAAUGUUUGUGUGAUUAUAAUACCAAAAGAGAGUAAUGAAACAGCAUCACAGACUAAAUGUGACUUGAUGGCUGUUGCUGAUGAGGUAUGACGGCUCAGAUGACAAGUCAAAAAUGACCUGUCUGGGUCUGAAACACCCUGAACACACUGUCCUCAAUUAUUACAGAUACAGUAAGUGAUUUAUCAGAUCAACAUGUGAGUGUUGAUACAGUAGAGAGUCUAGUUAUUAUGAAGAAACACUUUCAAGGUUUUAUGAUUAUUUGUUAAGAGGUUGAGAAAGGGUUUAUGUAUUAAAGAGGAAAUAUUAUACCCUUUCCUUUUUAAACAGUCCCCUGUGGUCUAAAUGAAACAUCUGUGCUGUGCUUUGGUCAAAAUAUAACAUGAAUCAAGCACCAGAGGAGGUUUGUGACCCUGUAAAAACCAGCUCUCUCUGAACGCUCUGUUUUGGUGUGUGUGUCUCUUUAAAUUCAAUGAGCCCCCCCUGAGUUUUCCUGGUAGACUUCAAUCCUAUGUAGCAAGAUUAAAAAUUGCAGACCUGCACAAAAGUUUUGUUCUAGGCUGGGGAUAGAGAUAUGGGAGGAGAUAUCAGGGGUAGGGAGGGUAUUUUUUUAAACCAGAAUCCCACUGUGACAUCACAAACUGAGCAAAUUUGAAACGGAGCAAUUUCCUGGGUGUUGUGAGACUUAUGCAGACCACAAACAAAGGACUGGAUGGAUUUAUUUCACAUUUUGUGGGUCAGUAGACACUCAGGUUACCCAGAUAUAUGUUCAAAAACACUGUACAAGUGGCUUUUCAUAAUAUGUCCCCCUUAAAGGCAAUUAACACUGCUGACCGGGGGUUGAAAAAUGAAGCCAAUGUAAAAAACUGCAGUCCAAUCCAAUAAAGCACAUUAAACACUUUAACCAAGUCGAAAGAAAGGGAGUUUAACACGACACAUAAAUAACUAAUUACCUAAAGGAAGAGUGUGCGACAUCUCACACAUUAAUACAGCAGAAAUCAAGUAUAUCCUCUGUAAAUGUGUCUCUGAGUCAUGACUGUCUACAAUGAGUGAGAAGCACAAGUCCCGCUGGCUGUUGUGGUGUAAUUUCUGUAGUUAUUUAGAUUAUAAUGUAUAGAUGUCAUUAGGUUUAUUCACUUUUCUCUAAGGUCAGUCAGACCUGAUAGAGUUCAGUUGUUAUUAGAACACCAAGUACAGCUUAGAGAGUGUCAACUGUUCUUCCUGAUAUCUGCAAGGAUGUUUGGUAGACUUGUUGUCUGCUCCAGUGUUGUAGACGUCACAGUUUAGUCUAGGUGGUUCAAUGUGACCCUGAUAAUGAUAAUGUCUUUUGCAAUGCAAUGCCUUUUGAAAAGUUCUGCAGAUGUGAUUGAGCAAGACAUGAGAACAGAAGUGUGAUGUUGAAUCAUGUCUCCUCGAGUAUUCUUCUUAUGUAUAAACUUUCAUCAACGUAAGCCAUCUGAGUCAACUGAGUUUUAUUGUAUGGAGUCAAGUCUUAGUCAUUUCCUCAACAGCUGUGUUGUUGUCAGAGCCGUGUUUACAUGGACGAGAUGGCCCUGCGUAAAAAGCUGUUUUAGUCAAGGACUAGAGAAAAGAAGAACAUACUCACUGAUUAUUUGGAUGUCAUGUAAGUGUCUUUAGAUCUCAGUCUUUCUGUGUCAAUUUAUGUGCAAUAUGAAGCUACGAGUUAACCACAUAGUGCUAACAUUAGCCUGCUAACACAACAAUGUUGUUUAGAAAU